AUGCAGUCGGAUGAUCCUCCGUUUUUAAGUGUUGGCACUGAAGUUAGUGCGAAAUUUAAAGGAGCUUUUUGUGAAGCUAAAGUAAAGCGUAUGACGAAGUCUGUGAAAUGUAAAAUAUUGCUGAAAACACCACCUUAUGGUACCAUAUUCGCUGACCAUACCGAAAUAAAGGGUUCUUUGGAAGUUAAUCAACAGGUCGAAAUUGUACAGGGAAGGGCCACUUAUAAAGGCGUUAUACAGAAUAUUAAAGAUAAUAGUGUAUACGUCGUUGUCUUUAAUGAUGGCGAUGAAAGACAGUUACGACGUACACAAGUGUGCAUCAAAGGUGCGAGACAUUUUAAUGAAGAUGUCAAUUUGGAUGCUAUGCCACUCUACAAACCAGAAUCAUUCAGUAGUCCAGUAGUUCUUGACGAUCGAAGAGGAAAACAAAAAAGGAGAAAUUUGGAACAAUCAAAACAGCAACAACAGCAAUCAGUGUCAGCAAGUGUUGAAGAUAAAGAAGAUGGUGGUGAGCAUGGUGGUGAUGAUGCGACAUCCAGCGAAGAUAGUUCAACACUUGAAAGUACUACUAGCACUACCCUAUCUGACACCAGUAACAGCAUCAGUGAAGCUCUAAAUGUCCCUGCACAACCAGGUCGUACACUUCGUACACGUCGAUUAACGUCUAAAUCAGUUCCAAGACGUUUAGGCAAGACGCGUAAAGAAUUUACAUUCUACAAACAAAGUGAUAGUGAUCGUGAUUUGAAAAAUGCUGAUGAGGAUGAUGAUAGCAAUAAUAAUGAUGAUGGCAAUAGUUCGGGCAAUUCGAGGGUGCGCCGUUUUGCGCGUUUACCGAAACCAUCAGUUUCACGCAUGAUUGCUGAUAAGAUUCUCACCAAAUCUAUUGCACGAACACGUAAAAAGCGUUAUGCAGCAGCAGUUGCCACGGAUGCUUUGAAACGUAUCAAAGAAUCAAGUAGCUCUUCUGGUAAGCGUAGGUUAGGUGAAGACGAUGAUGAUAACUAUGAUAAAGAUGAUGAGAACAGUAAUAUUGAUGAUGAUGAUGGUGAUGAUAAUAAUGAUGAUGAUGAUAAUGGUGAUGGUGAUGAUAAUGAUGAUAACGAGAUUGACGAUACAGAAAAGGAAAAAGGAAGAACACAUGCACGAAAAAAGCAUUGCAGUAGUGAUGAUAAUGAUGAUGAUAAAUCCCAUACAAGUGAUAAGAAGAUGGAUGUGAUGAGUGGAAGUAGCACAAGCCGGAAAAGUGAACGAAAACGACAAGGACUUCGAGAUAAGGAAGUGGAGCCAAUGGCGAAGAAAAGGCCUAAAGAUAUUGAUAAUACGAAAAAGCUAUAUAAGGUUGGAAAUGUUGUGGCAGUGUAUGAGGAUGCUACACAUAGAGGUAAAUGGACACCAGCAGUUGUUGUUGCAGAAGUAUCGUUUAAAGCUUCAACAAAGGGAACUGUAAAUAUUGGCAAAAGUGAUAUUUUGCUGCGAAGCUUCAGGGAUUCAAAAUACUUUGCUUGUCCGAUGACUAGACUGUCUUUACCAGGUGCUUCAGUUCUCAAAUUUCCUGAUUCGUCGCCUAAAGCUGCUAUGGAUCGAGCUAUCGCUUUUGUUGAAAAAGAAAUUUUUCCGGCAGGUUGGGAAAGGUCACAAAUUUAUGAUGACGAAAUACGAUCCAAGAAACGCGAUCAUAGGUCUUCUUCUACUGAUCAAAAAAAACGUUUGGAAACUUCUGGAAAAGCGAAACGAGAAACUGAGAAGAAAAUUUCCGCUGCAAGUAGCUCUUCAGAGAGCGAAGGCAGUAGUGAUGAAGAGUAUGGUGAAGAAAGAGAUCAAUUUACUGCCCAACUGUAUAAGUUCCAUGAAGAAAGAGGAACUCCAAUUAACCGAGCACCUAUACUUGGUGGAAAAGACAUAGACAUGUUUCGUUUAUAUAAUGUUGUUCAACGAUAUGGAGGUAAAAAACGUGUCACUGAAAACAAUCAAUGGAAGUUGGUUCUGCGGAAAAUGCAUUUAGAAGGUUGCCCGGGGGCAACUUCAGUUACUGUCAAAAAUGCCUAUUCGAGAUACUUGGAUCAUUUUAACUCAUUUUACCGCAAUUUGGGUAUUUCAAGUUGGUUGUCUACUCCUACACAAUCAACAUCUAGUCGUAGUGAACGUCCAAAUCGUUUGUUAGAUCGUCAUAAUAUACAGUUGCAAAGAAGAAGAUGGACAUUAAUGACAACGAAGAAAAAGGAAAAGGGACAAAAAGAAAGCUCAACUAAAGGAAAGGUAACAAAACGCGAGAAAGAUGAAGGCAUUUCACGUACGAGAAAAGAAAAAGUAAAAAAGGAUGAGCGAACUAUAAUGAAAUCUGAUAUCAGCGAAGAUGACGAUAAAAUGAAAGGUGCACUCUCCACGUCGUCGCAGAGUUCAACACCGUUACUUUGCUUAUCACCUGGUAAUAAAAUAAAGUCCAAAACGAAAGAUGAGGAAGAACAGGAAAGAGGAAGUGUGAGCGAUAGUGAAACAAUCGAAAGUACCAAAGAGAAAGGAAAUUCUAAGAUUGAAAAGGAAUCGAAGGUUAAAUGCCGAGGUCCAAAGAAAAAGGAUAAUGAGAAGGAUGCAAAUAAAGAUGAGCAACAGCCUGUUUCGAAAGUUUCCGAUCUAGAUAAAAGAACUAAAAUAUCAAAGAUUGGCAAAUCUGAGAAGAAGAUAUCUUCUGAGUGUUAUAUCAAGCGGAAAUCUCCAAGUGUUGUCUCAACUGUCUCAAAUGCCGAGCAGGGACUUAGCGAAAGUGAUGAUGAAGCACACAUUCGGCAAAUGCGCAUAAAAGAAGCUCGAAAGCUGAUCGCUGGAGGAAGUCGCCUUCCUGUUGAGCAAAAAGAAUUAUCGAUAAGCAAACGUGAUGAGAAUGCCACAGGAAAAGAUUCAGAUAUUCCUCAAAUAUUCAGGAAAGAAAAGGCCAAAGAAGGUGUACCAUGGCUGAACUGUUCUGCUGCUACAGUCUUGACGAAUUUCUAUAUGGGACAAAACGUGAAAGCUUAUCAUCAUGGUCAGUGGUAUGAUGCAAGAGUGAUUACAGUGGGUAAAAUUUCGCACAGUGAUGUCCUCUCUUCAAUGAUGGACUUCGAGGCGAGGUGCAAAGCCAUCAACGAAUCAAUGCAGUGUGAUGAGAAAGAGCGAAAAGAAGCAUUGACAAGAGCAUCGGCACGCUUAAAUGAUCGUUUAGAAGGUAUUCUCCGAGAAAUGACAUGCUGUGUACAUUACCUUGGAUGGAAUUCUCGUUACGAUGAAUGGGUUGAAUUAAUCAAAAUUAAAGUGCACGAAAAAGAUCAGAAACUAUCGGAAGAACAGUUUUUAUCGAUUGCUUCAGAUAAAUUAAGUGCUCCAACUCUUGAAGCAGCUGUGGCAUGGCGUUCAUCAGUUGAUCCAGUCAAACUUUUGGCAACUGAAGCGUGUAGUAGUGGAAUGAGACCUCGGCGGCUAUCGCACACCCAUGAACAUAUAACACAUCUUGAGCCUCGUUCGCGUUCUACUACGUUUUCUGAAAAAAAAGUGAAAAAAGUGUUGAAAGUUCCGUUGACAAUGGCUGACUCAACGGUACUGAAAGCAUCGGAUGACUCAGCGAAGCAAAGUGCUAUCCAUCUUGCGAGCACCAAUCUUCUGACUGAAUCUGAUGCGGAAAUUGUUCUUAAUCGUUUGCCGGAAGAAGCUUCAGUUUCGGAAACAUCAUCACAUCUUUCUUUUGCCAGUGAACUUGUAUCGAGUACAAUAUUUCUUAGCGGUGUUACUGCAGAGGAAAAGUUAUCCGAAGCUAAUUCAAAUUUGAAGCGGCGUAGACUAAUGUCGGAUAACCGUUCAGUGGUUGUAGAUCUUUCAGAGAAUUCAACAAAUACACCAUUUGUCGUAUGUAGUACAUCUCCUGAAAGUGCUGCUAUCAUUACAAAGGAAGAAGUUGUAGCUGAUCAUGUUUCGGUAAUAUUGGAUGAAGUAUCUGGGACUAAGCAGAUUGAUGCUGAAAAAACGACAAAGUAUGAAAACGAUCAACAAUCAUCAUCCAAUGAAAGAGCUGAUGGAAAUGAUGACAAGUUGAUAGUUUUAGAAGUAACAGAAGUUGCAGAAGAAAAAGAACAACAUCCGGAUGGAAAUGAAAGGCAAACGAAAUUGAUGGUUCUAACAGAAAGUGAUGAAAUAGAUUUAAAAAAAGAUAGCGACAACAAGCCAAUGGAAACUAGUACAGUGCAGCAAAUCUUACCUACUGAUAAUCUGAUUCAAAAAAUAACUUCAUCUAAAGAAAUCUCAUUCGAAUUAGAAGCUGCAGCUGAAGAUGUAACUUUAAAGGAAUGUGAUGAUGACGCUUGGCAUCCACCAAUGUCUUUGGGACUUAAACAGCGUGGUCGUGGAAUGAAAAAGAAGAAAGUUGGUAGAAAUGCGUCGAAUACACUGACUGAACGUAGAGGUAUAGGAAAAGGAGGGUACAAACAAGUAAAUACUGACGAGCGAAGUAAAGAAAGUGAGGAAUGCUCAUCGAGCGAUGAUGAAAGUUUGCCAAACGUAAGGGAUAGCUGGCAUGCUUUGAAAGUACGUAUGCAGCAAAAAGUGGAAUCAGAAGGAGCUAUGGCAUAUGCUGAAAAGGAACUAAAUUUAGAACCAAUCGACGAAAAUUUGACUGGGGAAGCGCUAAUAAACAGUUAUCAGGAACGCCUGCAAGAGCUCAGAGAUAUAUACCAUAAUAUACGCGCUGAUCAAGCGCGUCUGGAUCGUCGUUGGCGGAAAACACUCGAAAAAAGAAAACAACGCGACAAGGAACACAAGAAAAAAGACGAACCAUUUGUACAGUCACCUGUAGGUGAUAAUGUUAUAUAA